GCUACCAUGUGGACUGGCAAACUAGUAAUAUUUUGCCUACUCUGUGGCCUAACCGCUGCCCAGAUCUGUUCGAAGAUAAAUCCGGAAACUGUCAAUGGAAAACGCAUACAAAAAAAAAUAAAUUAUUGCUGUCCCGGCUACAGAAGAGACACGAGUUUCAAGAAGGGACUGAGAUGCUUAGCAACCUGCCUUGUGAACUGCGGAAGUGGAAGAUGCACGAAACCGAAUGAGUGCACCUGCAACAGGGGUUACACUAACUUAAAUAAUCUGAAGUCGAAUCGCUGUGUGCCGUUCUGCAAGGGCUGCAAUCGUGGCAUCUGCAAGUCGCCAAACCGCUGCUCCUGCCACAAGAACCAUGUCCUGGACCCGAAGACCGGCAACUGCCUGCCCAUCUGUCCCAGCCGCUGCCCUAAUGGCGUUUGCGAGGAUCCCAACCGAUGCAGGUGCAAUGAGGGCUACUCCCUCAACCCCACCACGCAGGUGUGCCUGCCCAGCUGUAAGGACGAUUGCGCCCGGAAGAAUGGAUUCUGUGCGGCGCCCAAUCGCUGUGAGUGCCAGCAGGGUUAUGAGCCUAAGCCGAACUUCAAUUCCUUUCAGUGCCAGCCGGUAUGCAAGAACGGCUGCGGAAACGGUGUGUGUCGGGCGCCGGACUUGUGUGAGUGUAACAAGUUGUACCACCGGAAUGCCGAGAAGCGGUGUGUGCCCACCUGCGACGAUGGCUGCAUGCACGGCAACUGCACGGCGCCCGGGAUCUGUGAGUGUAACGAGGGAUACGAUAUGCAAGACAGCGUCUGCUCUCCGCUCUGCGCCGGCAGUUGCGAGAACGGUUACUGUUUUUCUCCUGGUAAAUGCUCCUGCAACGAAGGAUUCAAGAUGAAUACUAAGGACAAAUGUGAGCCAGUCUGCAGGGAGGAAUGCGAGAAUGGAUACUGUUCCUCUCCUGGUAAAUGCUCCUGCAACGAAGGAUUCAAGAUGAAUACUAAGGACAAAUGUGAGCCAGUCUGCAACGAGGAAUGCGAGAAUGGAUACUGUUCCUCUCCUGGUAAAUGCUCCUGCAACGAAGGAUUCAAGAUGAAUACUAAGGACAAAUGUGAGCCAAUCUGCAGGGAGGAAUGCGAGAAUGGAUACUGCUCCUCUCCUGGAAAGUGCUCCUGCAACGAAGGAUUCAAGAUGAAUACUAAGGACAAAUGUGAGCCAGUCUGCAACGAGGAAUGCGAGAAUGGAUACUGUUCCUCUCCUGCUAAAUGCUCCUGCAACGAAGGAUUCAAAAUGAAUACUAAGGACAAAUGUGAGCCAAUCUGCAACGAGGAAUGCGAGAAUGGAUACUGUUCCUCUCCUGGUAAAUGCUCCUGCAACGAAGGAUUCAAGAUGAAUACUAAGGACAAAUGUGAGCCAGUCUGCAACGAGGAAUGCGAGAAUGGAUACUGUUUCUCUCCUGGUAAAUGCUCCUGCAACGAAGGAUUCAAGAUGAAUACUAAGGACAAAUGUGAGCCAGUCUGCAGGGAGGAAUGCGAGAAUGGAUACUGCUCCUCUCCUGGAAAGUGCUCCUGCAACGAAGGAUUCAAGAUGAAUACUAAGGACAAAUGUGAGCCAGUCUGCAACGAGGAUUGCGAGAAUGGAUACUGUUUCUCUCCUGGUAAAUGCUCCUGCAACGAAGGAUUCAAGAUGAAUACUAAGGACAAAUGUGAGCCAGUCUGCAGAGAGGAAUGCGAGAAUGGAUACUGUUCCUCUCCUGGAAAGUGCUCCUGCAACGAAGGAUUCAAGAUGAAUACUAAGGACAAAUGUGAGCCAGUCUGCAACGAGGAAUGCGAGAAUGGAUACUGUUCCUCUCCUGGAAAGUGCUCCUGCAACGAAGGAUUCAAAAUGAAUACUAAGGACAAAUGUGAGCCAGUCUGCAGGGAGGAAUGCGAGAAUGGAUACUGCUCCUCUCCUGGAAAGUGCUCCUGCAACGAAGGAUUCAAGAUGAAUACUAAGGACAAAUGUGAGCCAGUCUGCAACGAGGAAUGCGAGAAUGGAUACUGUUCCUCUCCUGGUAAAUGCUCCUGCAACGAAGGAUUCAAGAUGAAUACUAAGGACAAAUGUGAGCCAGUCUGCAGAGAGGAAUGCGAGAAUGGAUACUGUUCCUCUCCUGGUAAAUGCUCCUGCAACGAAGGAUUCAAAAUGAAUACUAAGGACAAAUGUGAGCCAGUCUGCAGGGAGGAAUGCGAGAAUGGAUACUGCUCCUCUCCUGGAAAGUGCUCCUGCAACGAAGGAUUCCAGAUGAAUACUAAGGACAAAUGUGAGCCAGUCUGCAACGAGGAAUGCGAGAAUGGAUACUGUUCCUCUCCUGGUAAAUGCUCCUGCAACGAAGGAUUCAAGAUGAAUACUAAGGACAAAUGUGAGCCAGUCUGCAACGAGGAAUGCGAGAAUGGAUACUGUUUCUCUCCUGGUAAAUGCUCCUGCAACGAAGGAUUCAAGAUGAAUACUAAGGACAAAUGUGAGCCAGUCUGCAGAGAGGAAUGCGAGAAUGGAUACUGUUCCUCUCCUGGAAAGUGCACCUGCAACGAAGGAUACGAGAUGAGUGCUGAGAACAAGUGUGCCCCUCUCUGCGAUCCGGGCUGUCGGAACGGAUUCUGUGCCGCUCCAGGAGUAUGCUCCUGCCCUGAAGGUUACCAUCUGGAAGCUGCUAAUAAUUGCUCCCCCACCUGUAAGGAUGAGUGCAUUAAUGGCUUUUGCUCCUCUCCAGGAGUGUGUUUAUGCAAGGAAGGUUUCUUAAGGGAGUCGGAUACGACUUGCGUUCCAGUUUGUGCAGAGGGUUUUUAUUACGACUCUUCCUCUGUCAGCUGUCUGCCUCUGGAGGUGGCAGCCACAGAUCCCACUUUUCCUCCCUCUCUCAUGACUACAAAAUCCCCCCAGAAUGACUGUGAACAAUUUUGUCGGAAUGGCACCUGCCUCGAUGAGGAGUGCACAUGUGGCAACGGCUACAAGUUGCACGGGGAUCAAGAUGAUCUCCUCCUUUGCCUACCCAUCUGCGAAACGGAGUGCAUCAACGGUUACUGCGAGUCCCCAGGAACGUGCGCUUGCUACGACGGCGGACUGCCAGCGGCUGGGUAUCUGUGUCAGUCGCCCCAAGACGGGUCUCAGUAUUUGGGCUCAUCCAGACAAAGAAACCACCUCAAGUGGCUGUUCAUCUCCAUUGUGGCAGUGGCAGCCAGCCUGUCCCUGGUCAUAGCUCUGCUGAUGUGCUACAUCUUUAAGAAGCAUUCGUAUCGAGUGGAUGACAGAGAGAAGCAGUUUGGUGUCUACUUCUCAGCCAAGAAGGCGGACGUUAUUCGUGCCUGAUCUUCAAAGGCAACAAGCCCAUGAUAAUCUCAAUAUUUAUUUAAAAGACAAAUAAACCCACAACAAUCUCAAUAUUUAAUUAAUAAUUAAACAUUUUCACUUGGGAUUUCCAUCAAGACGCCUACUUUGUAUUCAAUAGACAACUGAAACUGGAUUUUCCUGUGGAAUAGCGAGACACUGGCCCCUCUUUUGGUUUAUAGCUAUUUUUAUUGCCGAUUUAAUCACAUCUCUGGCUAAGCUUAAAACUAGAAUAAAUGAUUUCUAUUUGGUA